CAUUUCCAUCUAGCCAAAAUCCUCGUCAUGGAGACGGAGCCACCCAAAGUGCUCGCUUCUCUCGCCGUACUGUUGCUGCUGGCGACGACCACCGCCGUCGCGCUCACGCCGGUGCCCGGAGAACAAGCAAGGGCACUCCUCGUCUGGAAAGCCAGCCUCAGCAACCAAAGCCAGCACGCCCUGCGGUCUUGGGAGAACAUGUCGGCGCCCUGCAGCUGGCUCGGAGUCAGGUGCACAGCGCACCGACGCUGGCGCCGGACGGUGAUCAGCGGCAUCUCUCUAAGGGGGAUGCGGCUGAGAGGGACAAUAGAGUCCCUCAACUUCUCGGCCCUCGCAACCUUGACGUGCCUUGACCUCUCGCACAACUACCUUGCCGGGGCAUUCCCUCCUGGCAUUGGGGUCCUCAGAGAGCUCCAAGCUCUUCUCCUGCAAGGCAACCGGAUAAGAGGGUCAGUUCACCUUGGCAAAAUGAGCAGUAAUCUUGUGACCCUCAAUUUGUCAAUCAAUCACUUAGCUGGUCACAUCCCUUCUGAAAUAGGCCACCUAAGGCACUUAGUUACAUUAGAUUUGUCUAGUAACAAUCUUUCCGGCUCAAUCCCAAGCAACAUAGGUGGUCUAACAAAACUCACCACCUUGAACCUCUUUGAAAAUAAUCUUUCAGGCAAUAUUCCAAGAGAAUUAGGUUAUUUGGUAAACUUAGAAGAUUUUGAUCUUAGUGAAAACACACUUUCAGGUUCCAUCCCAAACAGCUUAGGAAAUUUGACAAAACUCACCACCUUGCAUCUUUUUGAGAACCUGCUUUAUGGGCAAAUUCCACGGGAACUAAGUUAUUUGGUUAUCUUAGAGGACUUAGACCUUAGCAACAACACACUCUCAGGUUCCAUUCCAAGAAAUUUAGGUUAUCUUGUGAACUUAGAGAACUUGGAUCUUAGCAACAACACACUCUCAGGCUCUAUCCCAAUAAUUAUAGGGAACUUGACAAAACUCACUUAUUUGUCCCUUUUUCAGAACCAACUUUCUGGUAAAAUUCCACGAGAACUAGGUUACCAUGUGAACUUACAGGUCUUGGAUCUUAGCCAAAACACACUCUCAGGGAAUUUGACAAAACUCACUCUCGUGUACCUUUACCGCAACCAACUUUCAGGGUCUAUACCUCAAGAAAUUGGCAAGUUAAUGAGUUUGGUUAAGUGGGACCUUGCUUUCAACAACCUCUCCGGUUCCUUGCCAUCUGGACUUUGUGUGGGAGGUCGGCUACAAAAUUUAGUCGUUGUUGGCAACAACUUGGUUGGACCAUUGCCAUCAAGCUUGCUAAAUUGUACAAGCCUAGUUAGGGUUCGACUUGAACGGAAUUACCUUGAAGGAGAUAUCACUGGGAUGGGAUCUUAUCCAAAUCUUGUCUAUAUUGAUAUCAGUUCGAAUAAACUAUUUGGCCAAUUAUCUCAUAUAUGGGGUGAGUGCUACAAACUUACUGUGCUACGUGCCUCAAACAAUCAUAUAACUGGAGUAAUACCAUCAAGCAUAGGGAAAUUAUCUAUGCUAGGGAUACUUGAUGUUUCAUCAAACAAGCUUGAGGGACAGAUUCCACCGGAAAUUGGUAAUGUAAUGAUGUUGUUCAAUUUGAGCCUUUCCGGCACCUUACUGCGGGGAAAUAUGCCACACGAAAUUGGAUCAAUGAACAACUUGGAGUAUCUAGAUUUAUCAUCAAAUAACCUAACUGGGCAGAUACUAGACUCAAUUGGACACUGCCAAAAGAUUCACUUUCUAAAGUUGAGCCAUAAUCACCUCAAUGGUAUAAUUCCUAUUGAACUAGGAAUGUUGGUAAACCUACAAGAUCUGUUGGAUCUCAGUGACAAUUCAAUUGAUGGCAAUAUUCCAAGUGUGUUAGGAAGUCUCCGUAUGCUUGAAGCCUUGAAUUUUUCUCACAAUGCACUGAAUGACAGCAUUCCACCAUCAUUUCAAAGCAUGACAAGUCUCCUACCCAUGGAUGUGUCAUACAACAAAUUGGAAGGACCAUUGCCACAUACUAGGUUCUUCGAAAAAGCUCCAAUCAAAUGGUUCCGGCAUAAUAAGAAAUUGUGUGGUGUUGUGAAAGGUUUGCCCACUUGUGAUCUUCCUCAAAGUAGUGAACAAGGAAAAAAGUCUGGGGCUAUUUUACUAGCUAUUAUACCAAUUGUUGUAUCUUUUGUGUUUAUGACUGCAGUAGUAACAUGGCAAUGCAAAAAGAAAAAACCUAGGACAGAAACUGCAAAUGAAGUACAACAAACCAACAUGUUCUCCGUCUGGAAUUUUGAUGGGGAAGAUGUGUACAAUAAAAUUGUUGAUGCCACAAAAAAUUUCAGCAGCUCUCAUUGCAUUGGAACGGGAGGGAAUGGAUCUGUCUAUAGAGCUCAGUUACCAACUGGUGAAUUAUUUGCAGUGAAAAAGAUCCAUAUGACGGAAGAUGAUGUGCAAUUUAACCAAGAAAUACAAGCCUUGAUGCAUGUUCGACAUCGCAACAUUGCAAAGUUGUUUGGUUACUGCUCUGCAACUCAAGGAAGAUUCCUUGUGUAUGAGUACAUGGAUAGAGGUAGCUUAGCAGCAACUUUGAAGGGCAAGGAAACUGCAAUUGAAUUGGAUUGGAUGAGGAGGUUAAAUAUUGUUUGUGAUGUUACUCAUGCUUUGUCUUACAUGCAUCAUGAUUGUUUCGUGCCGAUAGUCCAUAGAGAUGUAACAAGCAACAACAUUUUGCUUGAUUUGGAAUUUAAAGCGUGCAUCUCGGAUUUUGGUCUAGCAAAAAUACUAGACGUGGAAGCAUCGAACUACACAAGUCUUGCUGGUACAAAAGGAUAUCUUGCUCCAGAGCUUGCAUACACAACAAGGGUGACAGAGAAGUGUGAUGUUUAUAGUUUUGGAGUGCUCAUUCUAGAGUUGUUUAUGGGACAUCAUCCACGUGAUUAUCUUUCAUCUAUGGACAAGAGAAGCACGUUACUUGAGAAUUUGUUGGACACACGGCUUCCACCCCCUGAAGUUGAGAUCACAAGUGAAAUAUUCAAAGUGGUCAUGGUCGCGGUUCAGUGCAUAGAACCUAAUCCAUCACACCGUCCAACAAUGCAGCAGGUGGCCAAGGUGUUGUCAAGAGCUGAACGACCUGCUAACGAUCUUGAUUAUCUCCAUGCUGACAUUAUCAUCCCUGCUUGUUGGUCAUGA